AUGAAACCAACUAACAAAUGUGAAACUGGCUGGUUGAAAAGGUUUGACUCGAACGUGGCCAGAUUAUUAACCGUGGGCAAUUCAGGUAGAAAGUUUCCCGAACAAAGGGGCUCGGAAUUGGAAAAAUUUUGUUCCGAAAAUGACAGAUUGAUCAAGCUACUUGAAAAGCAACGCAACGAUUGUAUGUUGGACAUGCCAAAACAAAUAUCAGGCGUUUUAAUAUACGCUGGUAAGAAUUCACUCAAACAGUUUUGUAAACCUAACUCAAAACAGUUGACUAAAUUAUUGGGCGCAGCUCAAUGCGCAAAUUCCGCAAAUAACCAGAUAAAUAAUUCCCUAUUUGAUGGAUUAAAAUGUGUGGAAAAUAAAGUACAUGGUGUGCAACAAUGCUCAGAUGAUAAUAUCGUUACGUUGAUGACCAUCAUUCGAUCGGUAACCGGAAACACCGUGGACACACGUAAAUGUGAAAAGGGUUGGCAGAAAAAACAAGAUGAAGACGUGUCCAAAUUAAUUACGGUGGGCUCUAGCAGAAAGUUUCCCGAAAAUCGUGGUGCUGAUGUGAAAAGAUUUUGCGAGUCAAUGCGCCAACUCAGGCAGCACGCAGGUAAGAAAGUGUUACACCGAAUUGAUUGA